GGCCGUUCAUUCGCCCAAGCGCGGGAGCGCGCGCGCGCCGGGCGUGUGAGGAAAGAAGGCGGGGGCUGCGCUCGCGCUGCGGACGGGUGCGCCGAGCCCCAGCCUCGGGCUGCGCCCAGUGGUCGCCCUCAGCGGCGCCUCUCUUCGUGGCGGCGAACAUGUUCUCAGUGAGGGUCGUGACUGCCGAUUACUAUAUGAGCAGCCCGCUGCCCGGCCUGGACCCCUGCCAGUCCUCCUUUAGGGAGGCCCCCGUUAAGAAGGUGCCCGUGGUGAGAGUCUUCGGAGCCACUCCAUCGGGCCAGAAAACCUGUCUCCAUUUACAUGGUAUUUUCCCUUACUUGUAUGUGCCAUAUGAUGGUUAUGGACAUUUGCCAGAUCAUUAUCUGCGUAGUUUGGCAUUCAGCAUUGACCGGGCACUCAAUGUUACUUUAGGAAAUCCAUCUUCUUCUGUUCAGCAUGUGUUUAAAGUGUCACUAGUAUAUGGAAUGCCUUUUUAUGGAUAUCAUGAAAAAGAAAGGCAGUUUAUGAAGAUCUAUCUUUACAAUCCUGCUAUGGUAAAAAGAGUAUGCGAGCUUCUACAAGGUGGAGCUAUAAUGAAUAAAAUUUACCAACCUCAUGAAGCUCAUAUUCCCUACCUCCUUCAGCUCUUUAUAGAUUAUAAUUUAUAUGGAAUGAACUUAAUCAAUCUGGCUGCAGUCAAGUUUAGAAAGAUAAAGAAAAAAGGUGAUGCAUUUGAAGAAAUUGGAAGUUGCGGAGAUAAUUGGACAAGAUCUGCUACAAGAUCCCAUCAGUGGGAAGAUAAUCAGAUUCCUAGCUAUUCGAUAUUGGAAGGUAUAGAGCCACAGAGUACCUGUGAAUUGGAAGUGGAUGCAGUAGCUGCUGAUAUUUUAAAUAGAUUGGAUAUUGAAGACCAGAUUGGUCAGAAUCCAGGGUUACAAGCAAUAUGGGAGGAUGAGAAACAGCGGCGUCGAAAGAACAAAGAAUCAUCACAGAUUACUCCUCCUAACUCACAAGAUCGUGGAUUUGUGGCCACCACAGAAAGUGAAAGAAUCUUUCAGAAGAGACUUAAAGAAAUACUCAAACAAAGUGAUUUUUCUGUGACAUCUGGUUCAAUGGACAGCAAUAAUGAAUCACAAGAAUUCUCUGCUGAAUUGACAUUACAUUCUGAGGUACCUAAAGUUAUUUCAUGCUCACCAGCAAAUAUGAUAGAAGUACACAGUGAUAAGGAGCUGCACAGAGAAGAGUCCGAAAGCAAAUAUAAAGAGGAUGCACUUAUAAAUGAAGAAGCCAUUUUGAAUAUAAUGGAAACUAGUCAAUAUUUCCAACCAGUAUCUCAGAGAUUUAAUAAUACUCCUGUGUUUAUGAAUAACAGUUCUGAUCAAGCCAUGAUACAUCUUUUAGCUGGGUUGGAAGAUGAUGGAUAUGAGAUUGUACAACAAAAUGCAUCAUCACAGCAUUAUUCUUCUGGACACUAUAGAAAUCUUCAGAACAGUGAUGAUGAAGAAAAUGAACAGCAGAUUGAAAAAGAAGAAAUGGAUCUCAGUUUGUUAAUGUCCCAACAAUGGGAUAGCAGCUCAAAUGAAGUUGAUGCAAAGCGAAGGUCAAUGGGCAGAAGUAGAAAUCAAAGUUCAGGUGAAGAUGAUAGUUCUUCUGAAGAUGAUAUGGACUGGAAUGAUAACAUGCUUCUAGCAAGUCUUUCUAUACCUCAGUUAGAUGGAACUGCAGAUGAAAACAGUGACAAUCCUUUGAACAAUGAAGGUUCCCGGACCCAUACCUCUGCAAUUGCCACAAGCAAAACUGUAAAGACUACAAUUUUUCAUAAAGAUGCUGCUACUCUGGAACCCCCAUCACCUGCUAAAAUAACUUUUCAGUGUAAACACACAAGUGCCCUUUCUUCUCAUAUUUUGAAUACUGAUGACUUAGACGGUCUUACUCAACCAAGCAUGACAGAUAUAAGACCUGACUUAUCAAUCCAUUCUCUUUCAAAUGAAAGUAUUUACAACAUGAAGUACCCAGCAUCCUUCAACAAUAUCCUCCAUUCUGAAAAGCCACAUCAGGAAAAUAAUAAAAGUGAAAAAGGCUCUGUUUUGUGUGAAGACAUCUCCUCUAUAAGCAGACACUUGCCUAGCAGAAAGUAUACUGGAAUUAGAAAGGUUGCAAAGGAUGUAUCUCAGCAUAUGAACCACCAAAUUAGUGAAAAUAUUCUGACAAAUAAGUCUAACUUUAUAGAUUUAGUUUAUUCCAAAAAUAAAACAUCUUCUGAAAUAAAUGUAAAAGCAAACACUACCGAUUUAAAUAGCCUUUUCCCAGCGCCAGAAAACUGUGAAACUAUGUCUUGCUCGGAGAGUAAUCAGACUCUUAUUCUUUCUUCUGAAAAAAGCACUGAUGGAGAUAGCCUUAAUAACUUUAAGCUUAGAUAUGAAGAAUCUGAGGAACACAAGAAUGAAAAAACAAAUGUAAAUCAACAGGCAGCACACUAUAUGUUCUUUCCUAGUGUAGUUCUUUCUAAUUGUCUCAAUCAGCCCCAGAAGUUGGGCCCUGUGACAUACAAACUGCAACAAGGAAAAAAACAGUCUAAGCUAAAACGAAAUAAAAAGAAAAUGGUUCUUAGCAAUCAGCAGUCUGCAAAUGCCAUGGAUGCUUUAUCCAUGAAAGAAAGCUGCUAUGUACAAGAUAAUGCAAGUAGCAAUAUUCCCGACAGAGACAUUUUGUUACGGAAUGAUACUCAAGUUCAUCAUAUGGUUUUUGAAAACAAAAUGUCCACAGACACAAGGAACUAUAUUGAUUGUCCUUUUGAAGAUUUUGCUCAAGAAUCUGAGGAAACGUUUGGACUAUGUGGUAAUAAAUAUACACUCAGAGCUAAACGUAAAAUAAAUUAUGAAACUGAAGAUAGUGAAUCUAGUUUGGGCAUACAUAAUUCAAAAAUCACACUACCUCAUUCUGUAGAAAAUGAUGAAAAUGUGGAUGGUUCUAAAAAAUGUAGAAAACGAAGGCGACUUUCUAGAAAAUUGCCACCUGUUAUUAUAAAAUAUAUUAUUAUUAAUAGAUUCAGGGGGCGGAAAAAUAUGCUUGUUAAGCUGGGAAAAAUAGAUUCUAGUGAGGAACAAGUCUUUCUUACUGAAGAGAAAAUGAAUCUAUAUAAGAAGCUUGCACCUUUGAAGGACUUCUGGCCAAAAGUUCCUGAUUCACCUGCAACCAAAUAUCCUAUUUAUCCAUUAACACCAAAGAAAAGUAACAAAAGAAAAGCAAAAUGUAAGUCUGCCAAGAAAAGGCUGGGUGGGAAGCCACAAAAUAUAAAAAGUAAAACUAUUAGAAGAACCCUAUAUUUCAGAAAAAGGACUCAUGCCUUUCUUUCCCCUCCUCUGCCAUCAUACAGUGCUGAAACUGAAGACUGUGAUUUGAAUUAUAGUGAUGUUAUGUCUAAAUUAGGUUUUCUGUCAGAAAGAAGUGCAAGUCCAGUUAAUGUAUCCCCACCCCGUUGCUGGUCUCCCACUGAGCCAAAUGCCGAAGAAAUUGCGUGUAAACUAGAAAAAGAAACAUUAGUGUUUAAAAAUACUAAUAUGUUCAGCAGUAAAACUGUUAAUCCCAAUGUGGGCAAACACUUUCAGUCAAAAACUCAGGUUAAAAAGUGUAGAAAGCAAUUUGCUAAUGCUACUGUAAGAAGCAACAAAAAAAACAAUCAGUCUAAUAAACCUAGAAAUAAUUUAAAGAAAAAGCCAAGAUCAAAACAGAAACAAAAAUUUAAAAAAGUGUCCACAUUGGUGACAAUUGCAAAUAAUCAAAAUAUUAUUCCUCCUGUAGCAGAACUUAAACUUACACCAAACCCCUGGGAGUUACCUGAGAAUGUUCACAGCCUGGGAAAUUCACAUCCAAUUGGCUGUUCUACAGGACACCCAUCUUCAGCACAGCUUUCAUUAACAGCUAAUGCCCAAGUAAAUCCAUUGAUUUAUUUCCAAUCAUUGUUGGAAAAUGAAAAGCCUAUUGGGCACCAAGGUUCCAGUUUGACAGAGGAUCUUCAUCCAGGCAUAGCUUCUCUGAUAUCUGGAAGGGAAAAAGCCAAAAUAAAUUUCCAAAGAUCUAACAGUCAGAGUAGUAUAUUUAGAAUGGAAGAUUCCUCAAUUCAAAAUAACGUAUAUGACCAGUGUAACUGUAUAUCUCAGGUAGCACUGAAUGCAUAUAAUUCUAAGGAUGCACUUAAAAAGACAGAAGAAGUUACAAAUUCACAAAACAAACUGUUAUCCUCUGUGGGAAAAGUAAAUGAAAACUGCAUUUCUUCUGAGGUGAUCAAUACUGAUCAGAUUCAUCCUAGUAACUUCUUGUGUUGUAAAGAUAAUCAGCAGCAAAUAGUUUAUUUGUCAGAAGCAGCAAAGCAUGCUGAUCAUAUUUCUUUUUUAAAAACUUCUGAGGAAAGCCAUGGAUCUUACCAGUUACCAAAAAAAUGCUUUGUAGCUUCUUUAAGAAGUCCAGUGAAAAAAUUAGAAUGGGAACAGAAACAGGGGGGGUUUAUUUUGGAUGUGUCACAUUUUAACCCUGAAAAAAAUACAAAACAAAAGGUAAUAUCAGAAACAGUCUCUCAAGCCCAAACAGAUUCUCAGUGUAAGAGCAAGGGUCUGCUAACUCCUUCAGUAUUCAGUGAAGGGCAUUCUGGCUUAGCAGUUCUGAAAGAAUUACUCCAAAAGAGACAACAGAAAAUGCAUAUGAACAACAUUCAUGAACAAGCAUCAGUUAAAUCUCAGUCGAACAUAGAUGCUUCUUUCCCUCUCGAUUCAAAUAAAUCAUCUAAAAAACUUUGUUCUGUUACAUCUCCAAGAAAGCCUCAUAUUCCCAGGGAUAAAAAAUCUAAAGAAAAGGCGGUCAAGCUUUUAAAAGAUUCAGCCAAACAACUAAGUAAUACUGGCCAUGUUACACCUGCUGAUAGUUCCAUUCUUUAUUCAGAUGCGGGUUUUGAAAGCUGUUACUCACUUGAAGAUAGUCUGUCACCUGAUCAUAAUUACAAUUUUGAUAUUAAUGCUAUAGGGCAGACUGGAUUUUGUAGUUUGUAUUCUGCAAGUCAAUUUGUCCCAGCAGAUCAAAAUUUACCACAGAAAUUUCUGAGUGAUGUAGCUCAAGACCAUUUUCCAGGUCAAACAGCAGAAACUGAUUUUUUAAAUCAUAAUAAAAUAUCUAAAGAAGAAAAUAUGCAUAAUUCAGAUCCUCAAUCUUGGUUAAGAUCUGGCCAACAUAGCCCUCAGCUUUUUGAUAAAAGAUGUUUGGAAAACAAUGAAAAUCUCCACAAUCAAUGGAAAAACAUUCUUCCAUCUACGUCUCAACCUGGUUCACCAGCAGAUGGUCAGCAGGCUGAAAUGUUUCAUAAAGAACAACUUCAACUGGAUAGAAAUAUUAUGAAGAAAGCAAUUUUUCUUAAUCUUUCAUCUCCAAAUGGUGAUUGGAGUCAAAAUCCCUUUAGAAAGGAAGUCAUUUCUGAACUUGGACAAUCGCUUGACUCAGUUAGUAUUUCUUUUUCUUCUAUUUUAUCUUCCCCCGAUGGUGAACUUAUGGAUGCUGCUUCUGAAGAUUUAGAGUUGUAUAUUUCGAGAAACAAUGAGGGAUUAACACCAACCCCUGACAGUUCCCCUAGAUCUACAAGCUCUCCAUCACAGUCAAAAAAUGGGAGUUCUACAGCUCGUGCUGCUCAUAUCCUUAAACCUCUAAUGUCACCUCCCAGUCGUGAAGAAAUCAUGUCAACUUUAUUAGAUCAUGAUCUGGCAGAAACAAUUUAUCAAGAACCUUUUUGCAGCAACCCCUCUGAUGUACCUGAAAAGCCAAGAGAGAUUGGAGGAAGAGUACUUACAGUAGAAUCUAGACUUCCAAAUGAUCUACUUGAAUUUGAAGGAGAUUUCUCUUUGGAGGGACUACAACUCUGGAAGACUGCAUUUUUGGCAAUGGCACAGAGUCCUAGGCCAGGCUCUCCCCUUCGAAAUAGCCAAUUCUCUACUGAUAAAAAACAAAGGAACACCCGUAAAAUUAAUGACAAAAAGAUAGUAAUCAUGCCUUGCAAAUGUGCACCAAGCUACCAGCAAAUUCAGUCAUGGCUUCAAGCCAAAGAAGAUUACGAAUAUUUUAAAAAAAGAGCUGUUAUCAAAUCAAUUGAAAUGGAGAAGAUUGAUGAGAAUUUGACCAAUAUGUCUUUGCCUAAGAAUCUAUGUCAUCAGAUAGUCAAGGUUGCUGUGAGUUCUGAUAUACCAAGCAAAUCUGCUGUACAAUCAGAAGAUCUGUGCUUUUCAUCUUCAAAUCCCAUAUUACCUCAAACUAUGGAAAAGUUUGGUGUAAAUAUCUCUGAAAUGAGUAAGACUAUCGUUAAAGUAAAGACAACGCCACUUGUCGCUGCAGCAAUAGAUAAGGACAAAAAAGAGGAAGAUUAUACCAAUUAUAGUUCUCCUGAUUCACCAGUACUUCCACCCUGGCAACAAGUAUCCACCAAUUCUAAGCAAUCUAAUUUAGAAGACUCAGAGGGUGUAUUGUCUUCUCGAGAAGAAAAUAAAUCUGUAGCUGAGAAAGAACAGAAAUCUGUCAAAAAGGAAAGCAAAAUACCAUUCUGUGUCUCCCCAUUGAGCAAAGAACCAGAUGGCAAUUCUGAUACUUGCUUUCAUAGUACACCUAUCAGGGAGCAUAUAUCUCAAGGAAUACCAGAAGCAUUAGGAUAUACUCCAUUAUCAGACAUAGGACGAGAUAUUCAGAAGUUUAGUUCUAGACGAGGAAGAAAUGUUGAUGCACUUCGUAAAGUACUUUUAACAACACAAAUUAAGAAUCAGUUCGCUACUAUAAAUAAUCAAAAGAAAGAAACUUCUCAGAUUGAAGGACCAUCUUUGAACAAUUCUUAUGGUUUUAAAAUAAGUGUGCAAAACCUUCAAGAAGCAAAGGCUUUACAUGAGGUACAGUAUCUUACACUGCUAAGUAUAGAAUUGCAUGCUCGAACAAGAAGAGAUUUGGAGGCGGAUCCUGAAUUUGAUCCUAUCUGUGCUUUAUUCUACUGCAUCUCAUCUGACACACCAUUGCCAGAUACUGAGAAAAUGGAAAUCUCUGGUGCUGUAGUGAUUGAUAAAGACAGAGCAAGAACUAUCUCAAGUCAAGGUAAUAGAGAACAUGCCCCUUUGCUUGCAAGAUCUGGUAUCUCAGGGUUGGAAGUCUCAUAUGCUACUGAUGAGAGAGCACUUUUUCAGGAGAAAACUUCUGAUGAGAAUGGCAUUGACCAAAUCCAGGAAACCAGAAUACUAGAGUUGCUGAAAGCAACCAGCAAAGGGUGGGUCCUGACGAAGCAGCGGAUUCCUGUUCAGAGAAGACAAAAUUACAGGUAUGAUCCAGAUAUUUUGUUAGGCUAUGAAGUCCAAAUGCAUUCUUGGGGAUACCUCUUACAGAGAGCUGCUGCUCUGGAUGUUGAUUUAUGUCAGAUGAUCUCUCGUGUUCCAGAUGAUAAGAAAGAGAACAGAUUUGCUUCAGAUCUAGAUGAAUAUGGAGCAGAUACAAUGAGUGAAAUAAACAUUAUUGGAAGAGUUAUAUUAAAUAUCUGGAGAAUUAUGAGACAUGAGGUGGCUUUGACCAACUAUACAUUUGAAAAUGUGAGCUUUCAUAUACUUCAUCAGCGUUUCCCACUCUUCACUUCUCGUGUUCUGUCUGAUUGGUUUGACAACAAGGCAGACACCUAUCGGUGGAAAAUUGUUGAUUAUUAUAUUAGUCGUGUUCGUGGGAAUAUACAGCUAUUGGAACAAUUGGACUUGAUUGGCAGAACAAGUGAAAUGGCAAGGUUGUUUGGAAUUCAGUUCUUGCAUGUAUUGACAAGAGGAUCACAGUAUCGUGUGGAAUCAAUGAUGCUACGUAUUGCCAAACCAAUGAAUUACAUUGCUGUGACACCCAGCGUUCAACAACGAGCUCAAAUGAGGGCUCCUCAGUGUAUUCCUUUAAUAAUGGAGCCAGAAUCCCGUUUCUACAGCAAUGCUGUCCUUGUGCUAGAUUUUCAGUCUUUAUACCCAUCCAUAGUGAUAGCAUACAAUUAUUGCUUUUCCACAUGCUUGGGACAUAUUGAAAACUUGGGGAAAAAUGAUGAAUUUAAAUUUGGAUGCACAUCUCUGAAAGUAUCUCCUGAUCUGUUGUACCAGCUUCGACAUGAUAUCACAAUUUCACCCAGUGGAAUAGCUUUUGUUAAGCCUUCUGUAAGAAAGGGUGUACUGCCAAGAAUGCUGGAAGAAAUUUUGAAGACUAGAAUAAUGGUGAAGCAAUCAAUGAAAGCUUACAAACUUGACAAAACUAUCACUCGAAUGCUUGAGGCACGUCAGCUUGGCCUUAAACUUAUAGCAAACGUCACUUUUGGUUAUACUGCUGCUAACUUUUCUGGAAGGAUGCCAUGUAGUGAAAUUGCUGAUAGUAUUGUGCACAAAGCCAGAGAGACCUUGGAACGUGCAAUAAAAUUAGUGAAUGAUACAAAGAAAUGGGGAGCACGGGUUGUAUAUGGGGACACAGACAGCAUGUUUGUACUACUGAAAGGAGCUACUAAGGAACAAUCAUUUAAAAUUGGUCAAGAAAUUGCUGAAGCAGUAACAGCUACCAAUCCCAAACCAGUAAAAUUGAAGUUCGAAAAGGUUUAUUUGCCAUGUAUAUUGCAAACCAAAAAGAGAUAUGUUGGUUAUAUGUAUGAAACGUUGGAUCAGAAAGAUCCAGUAUUUGAUGCAAAAGGCAUAGAAACUGUCAGAAGAGAUGCUUGUCCUGCUGUUUCCAAGAUACUUGAGCGUUCCAUUAAGCUACUAUUUGAAACACGUGAUAUAAGUCAUAUCAAGCAAUAUGUGCAAAAUCAAUGCAUGAAAUUAUUAGAAGGGAAGGCUAGCAUGCAAGACUUCAUCUUUGCAAAGGAGUACCGAGGAAGUUCUGCAUACAGACCUGGUGCUUGUGUUCCAGCUCUGGAGAUCACAAGAAAGAUGCUUACUUAUGACCGACGGUCUGAACCACGUGUCGGUGAAAGAGUUCCGUAUGUUAUUGUUUAUGGCAUGCCGGGAUUGCCUCUCAUCCAGUUGGUUAGGCGGCCCAUUGAUGUUUUGCAAGACCCAAAUCUGAGACUGAAUGCAACCUACUAUAUAACCAAGCAGAUUCUUCCUCCCCUGGCUAGGAUCUUAUCUCUCAUUGGCAUAGAUGUUUUCAGUUGGUAUAAUGAAUUACCAAGGAUCCAGAAAGUGUCCACAAUGUCUCGCACUGAGCAAGAAUGUCGAAAAGGGACAAUUUCCCAAUAUUUUACCACUCUACAUUGCCCUGUAUGUGAUGAAUUGACUCAGCAUGGAAUCUGCAAUAAAUGUAGGAGCCAACCGCAGCGUGUUAUUGUAAUGCUAAAUCAGGAAAUCAGAGAGUUGGAGCGUAAACAUGAACAAAUAACCAAGAUAUGCAAGAAUUGUACAAGUUGCUUUGAUCGACAGAUACCAUGUGUUUCAUUGAACUGUCCGGUGCUUUUCAAAGUCUCCAGAGUGAGCCGAGAACUAUCUAAGGCACCUUAUCUUCGUCAACUACUUGAUCAGUUUUAGAUUGCAUAUGUCACAGGAUUCCAGGUGCUAUUUUUGUUUUCAAUGUUUACCAUUCUAAAACUGUCAUGCAUGGUCCUUCAAUUUCAUCUUGUCCAGGAUUUUCAUACAUUGUUGACUUGUUCUAAAAAUAAUGAAUGUUUGUUCUAAGUAAAUUAAAAAUACAUUUGGUAAUCUGUUAAUAAUUCAUUUUUAAUGAUGCCAUUCUUUUGCCUUUUUAACAUUGUUUUAUAAUACAAAUGUUGAAAUAACUGUGUUAUCAUCUUGUAAACCCAUUUCAGAAUAAAAAAAAAUAUUUCCCUGUGGAUUUCUGUAGUAAUACUGAAAAUCUUUGGGAAACUGCUAUUGUGUUUUAUUGAACUAUCAGGAUGUGUGUUACUGAUAUCUCAUCAACUUUAAAUUUUGACUGCAAAAUAUUUUGUAAAUACACUUUUUUACUUUUCAAAUAACUGACUAAAAUAAUGUGCAAUGGAUUUUAUACAAUUUUAAAGUUGAUUGGGAUAUUUCUUCAUUUUGCUUGAUUCCAAGUAGAUUUGUUGUUUUGAUGAAACUGCAAACAGUAGUAAGUGUAGCAUUUUUGAAACAUUUUCUAAAAUCACUGUCUUGCUUUGGCUAUUAAUGGGGGCAUUGUGAGGAACUGUGCAAAGACAUUUUUGUUAUAAAACUGUGGGACUGUUGCAAUACUUUAAAUAAAAAAAAUCCAUUUUUGCUUUUGUAUAGACGUUUCUAUUGCUUCUAAAUAUGCUUAAAUAUUUCAUUAUGUACUGUACAGUUAAAAUUUAUUUGCCAUCAUAAGAAAAUGUGUAUUUAGAAUAUUUGUACAACUGUAUAAAAUGAAAUUAUGUGGUCACAAUACAUUUUUUAAUUGGAAAUCAUUUUGUUUUUAAAAAUUAUUGCAACCAUAGUAAAUUUAAUAAAAUCAAAUAAAUGUGCAUUUUUAAAUCUCAUUGUAGUUGAACUGGAAUUUUUUAAACAAUCUUACUUAAAGUGAGUGAAUCAGAAUUAUCUUUAAUGAGUAGAAAUUGCUCAGUGUUGCUAUUCAAAAAGCCUAUAAUGAAUAUAUAAAAUAAAGAGUAUUUUGAUGAUCUGAAUUUUACUGAGGAAUUUCCUGAAAGAAUAUUGCCCUUAAAAAUAUAUGAGCUGGCAAACGCCAUAGCUUACCGAUCUUUGGAGGAAAAAAUGGUGUAGAAAUAGCCAGAUGAUUCAAGCAACUACAGUGAAUAUAAAAACUCAUGAGCUGCACCAUAGAAUUCUAUCAAUACUUGUGUUUAUAUGAUAGUGGAAAGUAGUAGUAACAUUUAUUUUCGACAUGUUGAAAACUGAAUAUUUUUUGCUCUUUAACAUAACCAUAGAAAUAUUUUUUUAAAAGUGUUCAUCCCAAACUAAACAGCCUAAGUGUCUUAUUAAAUAAGUAGCUUUUAAGUGUUUUAAGGCCAAGAGGAUUGAGACACCCUAUACCCCAGGAAGCAAUGUAUUUCAGUUAUGGGAGCAACCAUAGAUAAUAUCUAGCUUUUAGGAAAGGGGAUGUGAGGGUCCUCAGCUCAUGAUAUUAGAACUUGGUGCUUAUUGUAUGCAAUUGGUCAGGAAAGAUAAUCCAGAAGGGAUCCUGGAGUGACUGUGCAAUUUUAAAAGUAAUGACCAAUAUGUUGAAUUGGAUUUAGAACCAAACCAGCAGUCCGUACAGCAAAUGUAGCAUAGUUGUCAGACUGCUAAAGUGGACCUAACAGUAGGUGGACAAGUUUCAUAUUAUGGACUAAUUACAGCUUCAAGAUUGUUCCAAAAGCUGCGGCGUGUAAAGUGCGUUAUAUCUGGUGUGAUGAAUGCCUCAAGUCACUUUUAUCAAGGCCUCCAGUAGAAAACGGCUUGAAAUGAUACACCAAUGAAAACUGGUCAUGGUCUCCAUCUGAUGGUAUCUUUAAUCCAACAAUUGUGCCUUGCCCCAACUAACAUUUAAAUGUUAACAAGGAAGAAAGCAUGAGUCCUGUGAAGCAAUCCCAGAUACAAACAUUCAUUCCCCUUGCGGGAGUCAAUCCAUGCUUAGUUCAUAAGUGUUGUAGCAAAGAAGAAUGUUAUUAGAAAGAAAUUCCUAAAGGGAGGCAAGCACACAUUGCUUUCCCUUUUGGGGUCUACGGUCAAUGGUCAACACAUUCAGUACCAUAGUUAUACUGUACCAACUAAAACUUCUCCAGGCUUCAAGCAAACCAUAAAUAUUUGUUACUAUCAGUAUAGAAAUUAGCUUCUAAGCUUUGUCCUCUGUUCAUCGUGCACAACUGCUCAAUUAUUACUUGCAGUCUUUCUCAGAGGUUUCCUAAUAUCAUUGUGAAGAAGCAAAACACAAUAUAAAUGAUGACAAAAAUUGCUUAUUUCCAUAUUAUUCAACAACGCCAAUUGAAACUACCCACUUCGGUAGAAGCAGAACUAUUGCUAAUCAGUGCCUUCAUUCUCUAAUACUUUCAAGCACUUCCAAAA